AUGAACAAUUCUAAGGUCUACUUGGUCGUCUUUCUCGUUAGAGCGAUAUAUGCGGGGUUACAUAUUACCUCCAAGGCUGCCCUCAAUGGAGGCAUGAGCGAAUACGUGUUUGCGGUCUAUAGACUGCUGUUUGCCACUCUAUUCUUGGCACCCUUUGCAUUUGUAGUCGAAAGGAGAACCGCCCCACCUCUUCCAUUUAAGCUCUGCUUCAAAAUAUUCCUACUUUCUUUAUUUGGGGUCACUCCCUCCUUGGUCCUAUAUUCUGUAGCUCUUGGUUACACUUCGGCAACCUUGUCAUCUGCAAUGACGAAUGCCAUUCCAGUGGCAACCUUUAUUGUGGCUGUAACAUUUGGGUAUGAUUUGAUUGGAUCAUUAAAUGAGAAAGAUUGUAGCUUGGAUUCUAAUGAGCAUGACCUUUGGUUUGUGCUUGUUAUGAAAGUUUCUGGAGUGCUGCUUUUGCUGGCUGGUACUUUGGAGAUGGCCUUCUACAAAGGACCUCACAUCAAACCUUUGAAUCAUCAUGUCCUCCUUGGCCACGGAGGUAGAGAAACCAAUCAUCCUCACACCCAUUCAUCUAGGAUUUGGGUCUUGGGAACCUUUCUCAUGAUCAUUUCCAACUUAACAAUGUCAUUGUGGCUGGUGCUUCAGUAUGAAUCCAAUCUUACAUCCACCACUCUCCAGUGUCUGUUUAGCACCUUUCAGUCAUUCUUCAUUGCUCUACCAUUCGAAAGAGACUUCUCUCGGUGGAAGUUGGGUUUGGACACCGGCCUCGUCUCUGUCAUUUACUGUGGAAUAAUUGUCAUGGGAGUUGCAGUUUACUUGCAGUCUUGGGUCAUUGACAAGAGAGGCCCUGUUUUCUUGGCCAUGUCCACUCCACUAACUCUUAUUAUCACAAUCGUGUGCUUAUAUUUUCUUUUGGGAGAAUUAGUUAAUUUGGGAAGUGUCUUAGGUGGACUUCUUAUGGUGGGAGGCCUUUAUAGUGUUCUUUGGGGACAGAGAAAAGAACAAAUAGAUAAAAGUACACCAACUGAAGUUGACAGAAAGACCUCCUUGGACGUGAAAGAAAAUGGCGUAAGGCAAGUCUGAAAAAAUUUUCAAUCAUUAAUUCAAAACGAAGUCUCUCAAGAGCUGAAAAUUGUAAGCUGGAUUUGAACAAUUAUUUUUUAGUAAU